GUCUAAUAAGAACUCUUCAUUUGUUCACCAAAAGAGGAAAUCCCAUCCUUUGCAGCUCUGAAUCUCCGCUGGUGAGACAGAAAACUCGGCUGUGUUUUGGGACCAUGGGAAAGUAUUAUGGGCUGGCAGUUGUGGUCGGUGUGGCCUUGUUGCUGUCGACUGGACAAUGUGAUGUGAACUGUAAAGGACAGGACGGUCACGCAGGACAGGCAGGAGGCAAGGGCAGAGAUGGGUUACCCGGACAGAAAGGAGAGAAAGGAGAGCCAGCUCUGAUGGACAACAACGUCAUGGACGCAGGCACCCUGCUGAGCCUGAGAGGGGACAUAGGGACUCGAGGCUUGCAAGGGCCGAUGGGUCCUAAAGGUUACCGUGGAGUUCUGGGAGAACCUGGUAACUCUGGACCCCCCGGUCAGCCCGGUCCUGAUGGAAAAGGCAUCGGCCAAAAUAAUGAUGACUCCUCUCAGCAGGCCAAGUCCGCCUUCUCUGUGUUCAGGACUGAUACAAAAUAUCCUCCCUAUGAACAGCGAUUAACCUACCAGACAGCUGCGGUCAACAUACCUGGGCACUUUAACCUAGACACAGGUUACUUCACCUGCACAGUACCUGGUGUUUAUUACUUCGUCUUCCACGCUGCAUCCAAGGUCAGCAUGUGUCUGCGUAUUGUCAGUGAAGCUCUGGGUCAAGAAAAGCUGGGAUUCUGUAAUUACAACAGAAACCUCGAUCAGGUGCUGUCGGGUGGCACGGUCUUGCAGCUGAGAGCAAACCAGAGGGUCUGGCUCGAAUCCUUUAAAGACACGCAGAUAGACUAUGAUGCACGAGACGUCAGAGAAAAACAGAUCAUCUUCAACGGCUUUCUGCUCUUCUCAAAAUCAGACUAAAGUUCAGUUGUACACGCUGUGAUUUCUGAGACUGAGACCGCAACACUUCAUCAAUUUAGCAUUUAAAUGUCUCAAAUUGUUGUUCACACUUUUCAAAAAGCUGUUUUUAGAAGCACAUUUUAUUUUAACACAGCAUCACAACACAGCUUGUGAAACUUUCUUCACUGAUUUGUUUGCUUGAUACUCACUCAUGUAAACCUAUGAUGUUAAUUUUGUCUGUAAAUGCUACUAAAACAAAAUUAAAGUGUUCUAUAGAGAGUG